AUGAAGUCCAAUCCGGUGAUUCAAGCCACCAUAGACUUCACAUCAGGGGCCAUCGGAGGGACAGCUUGUGUCCUGACUGGGCAACCCUUCGACACCAUAAAAGUUAAGAUGCAGACGUUCCCCAACCUGUAUAAGGGCUUCAUCGACUGCUGCCUGAAGACGUACUCUCAAGUGGGCUUUGGGGGCUUCUACAGGGGGACCAGCCCGGCACUGAUGGCAUAUGUUGCCGAGAACGCAGCCCUCUUUAUGACCUAUGGCUUCUGUCAACAGUUUGUGAGGAAUGUGGCUGGACUGGACAGGCAUACAAAGCUGAGUGAUUUGCAGUCUGCAACUGCUGGUUCCCUUGCUUCUACCUUUGCUGCGCUGGUACUGUGUCCCACGGAGCUUGUGAAGUGCCGGCUACAGGCCAUGUAUGAAAUGGAGUUGUCAGGGAAGAUAGCAAAAAGCCACAGCACCGUUUGGACCAUGGUGAAGACUAUCUUUAGAAAAGAGGGUCUCAUGGGCUUCUACCAUGGAUUCUCUAGUACUUUGCUCCAAGAAGUACCGGGAUAUUUCUUUUUCUUUGGGGGUUAUGAGCUCAGCCGAUCGUUUUUUGCCUCAGGGACACCAAAAGAUGAACUCGGCCCUGUCUAUUUGAUGAUAAGUGGUGGGUUUGCUGGAGUUUGUCUUUGGAUUGUUGUAUACCCAGUGGAUUGUAUUAAGUCCAGAAUUCAGGUUCUUUCCAUGUCUGGGAAACAGGCAGGAUUUAUCAGAACUCUCUUAAGUAUUGUGAGAAAUGAAGGAGCAGCAACCCUAUAUUCUGGAAUGAAAGCUACUAUGAUUCGAGCAGUUCCUGCCAAUGCGAUGCUAAUUUUGGCCUAUGAAUAUAGCAGGAAGAUGAUGAUGAGCCAGUUUGAAGCAGAAUAA